AUGAAAAAAUAUUUGAAUUAAUUCAAUAGAAGGUUAUAACAGUUAGGAUUGACUCUAAGAGAUGUUGAUGCAGAUGGAAAUUGUCUUUUUAGAGCUAUUGCUGAUUAACUUACUGGAAACGAAGAAAACUACAAUAAGUAUCGUUGUCUAGCGAUCAAAUCUCUCUAGAAAAAUCAAAAAUUUUUUUCAGAUUUCCUUCCAGAAGAUUCCUCAUUCAAUGAAUAUACAAAAAGAAUGUCCUAAGAUGGAAUAUGGGGAGGACAUCUGGAACUAUAAGCCUUAAGUAAUUCUUUACAAAUAGACAUUGUUGUUCAUACAGUAGAUAAUUAUUACAUCAUAAAAUACAUUCCAAUAAAGAAUUGUUGGUCAUCUCUUAAAGAAAAACUUCAUAUUUAUUUUAACAAGAAGUAAGUUCCGAUAAGGAAAUAAAUACAUAUUGCUUUCCAUUAAGGAAACAAAAUUAUUAAUCAUUAUUAAUCAGUUAGAUUAAUUGACGAUAAUACAAAUAAGCCUGCCAAAUAACCACCAAUUUAUUGUGAAUUAUCUGAAUAAUCAACAACUGAUGAAUCCUAUUGA